ACUCGUCUACCUGAAAUUAAACAUUUAACAAAUUAAAGUCCUUCAUUAUGACCUUCAAUCGUAGUAAGAACUAUUAACUGGUUAUAAAAAGAAAUUCAUCUCAUGAGAGCUUAUACCCGAAAAUACAGACGAUAUAUUCCUCGAUCAUAAAUCUGUAUAUACACUGUCUAUGCUUACGUGCAACUGGAUAUGGAUAGAUGGAUAGAUACAUUUAGUUCUUUAUAAAAUGCAUAAAACAUGGUAACAUUAUACCUGAUUAAAACAUCAAGCAAAAUAGUCCAUGUCAAACUACAUUGUACACGAAGGAUAUCACAAAAAGGUACUUUAAAUCCCUUAUUUUCAUUGUGGUCCUUGUUGUAAAAAAUAGCUUUACAUAGGAAGACACAUUUAGGUUAAAACAUAUAUCACAGUUUAAAGGUAAGACAGUUUGUUUAAUGGCCUAAAUUAAAAUAUAUAAUUGCACAAUCUAGCUUGAUAUCUUAGUUUUAAUUAGAAUUCCUUUUCGUGAGUGUUUACAAAUUAUUAUUAUACUUUUAAGUCUGUUUUUUCUUUUGCAUUUGAAAUGUGAUAAACAGAUAAUGGUGAUGAUAAUAGCUUAACAAAGGAUGUGAAAACGGAGGUAUAUAGGCCUCGUCACGCCGAUUAAGAAGAAAAUCGACCCUUGACUAAAGGCUUUUAAUUUAAUUCAAAAACAACAACACUUAUACGUAAAGUAAAGGCAUUGGACCAAAUGCAGUCGCUCUCUGUGUAAAAUAUGUCAAAAACGUUCCAUUAAUUCAUAAAUUUAAUUACAUUUGAGUUUAUCGAAAUAGAAAUAUUGAUUCUUUGUUUUUCUAGUGACCAGGUAAUGUAGAUCAUUGGCUCUUUUGCUUUGAAUUCCUUCAGACAAAGUUUGUUCUAGGUAUAAAUCAAAACCCACAAAAAGUAAUUAAUAUAAACAUCGAGCAUUUCAGGUAUAUGACAAUAUAGUCUAGGUUUUGGAAGUCUUUGUAAUUGUCUUGCAAUGAUAUUACUCCUUUACCUUAAUUAUCUUCAGACAAGGUUUCCCUCAAGUAUAUCUACUAGAAAACGUUUAAUAAAACUAUUGAACAGUUACCUCCCAUUUUUUAACAAAUUGUAUUGAAACCGUUGAUCAGAAACGAAAGAAUGGCAUCCUUUUAAUGCCUCCGUGCCUGUUAGGAUAAAAUAUAUAAUUAGAGUUAAAAAGUGAGUAUAUCACUAUGAUAGAGUCUCAUAUAAUGUCUUAUAAAUUCCCGUGGUCCAGACAAUGCUUUAUCAAAAAAAAAAUGUAUGGGAAAUAUCAACAAAAUUCAAAACUUGUUGACUGACUUACAAUAUGCUAAUAAGGCAGAUAAUUGGGUGGAGCAUAGCAUCAAUGUUGUUAAGUAAAAAAAAUCCCUAUUUAGUAGGUAGUUAAAGGUUUAUCAGUCAAAAUUGAUGUGUGUUAUACAUGUGUAUGUAUUGAUUUUGAAUAAGAGUGUCACCCGAAGUGGGUUCAAAGAUGUUCAAGUAAACAGUUAUGCCUCCUCGGUAACCCCUCGUUGACAAAAAUCUGGAAUGUCUGCACUUUAUCGACAAAAUAAAAUCGUAUAAAUAUUUUUUUAAAGUUGUGAAGGUCUAGACCAAUAAAAUAUCAAUAAUCCUCCAUUUCGUCGGAACCUGGCGUUGAGCUCGUAGUCUUUGGGAUUGUGUUAUUGUAGAGAUAUACUAAAUUAGAAUCUACAGUAUAUAAACAGAAUUCAAAAUCUGGUGGAAUUUGAAAAAGUUCGUAUUUUGAUGAUUGGUCAAUUGAAAUUUGUUUAAAACCAAACUAUCAUUUUUCGCCGUCAAAAGCCAACGAUCGGAAUAUAAAUCACUUAAGGCCUUGGCAUUUAAUGGUUGAUUAUAAUGUUCUGUAAAGCGAGACUUCUGAGUUUCAUAGUAGCAAGGAAACAUUCAAGGUUAAGUUAAAUCAGUUGUAAUUUUGAUAAACCGUAAGGAAAACAUGUGAUUUGCAGUUACUUGCUGAAUUAGCUUUAACGUAGCUGAAAACAUAUUUUGGUCAAGUAUAGUUUUAAGCAGAUAUAAAUAUACAUGGUUUAUUAGAGGGGAGCAUUGGGUUGUCAAUAUAAUUAAACAAGUGUUAUAAAGUAGUUAUGCAUAUGUUUGCCUUUAUCUCAUUUUAAGUACAGAGAGUAUUACCCAAACUAAAGAAAUGUAUGAAUUAUUACCUUGUUAUGUUCCGGUUAUGUAACUAAAAUUUCAACUUACAAGAGAGGUACCAGUUCUAUUUCAUUCUAUCAAACCUGAACAUAUAGAGUGCUGGACUCACAGCAUAAAUAAUAUGAAAUAAGGCGCUGCCUCUACGGGCUUGAGGUGUUAUUGCCGGACACUUAUAAGUUUACUUAAUGACUAAGUGAAACAUACUAGGAGUCAAAGGGAAACGUUUUUUUGUAUAUGUUAAUGAAACUUUUUAAAUAACAAGCAGUUAUGUUGCUGCUAGCAAUUUAUUUAGUAAAUACACAACCAUCUACAAUAAUAAUAAUAGUGUAUACAGUUUAUAUAAUGCAUAACUAUAUAUGUUAUAUGAAGUUUGGAGUUAUUCUUCUUAUUUAACUUAAAUAAAGCUACUAUGCAUUUGAGAUCAAGUACACAAAUCCAUUUGAAGAAUAUGAUAUAAACAGAAAACAAAUAAAAAUGAUCACAUACCAAUAAUGUUGCACUGAGGUAUAUUACAAUCAGGGGUUAAUUAUAAUUUUAACUAGAAUUGAACGGGCAAAAAUCUAUUUAAAAAUAAGAGAUGUUUGUCAAACAUCAUGCCUCCCCUGAGUGCCAUGUUGUCAGGAUUAUAAGGACAACUGAAUGAAAUAUGCAUGGAUCGAAAUGACAACUGAUUUGUCACUGACAUUGGAUGCCGCUGAGGCAGUUUUAAGAUUAUGACCAUUCAAAGAGUGUGUAUUGACCAUGACCUUUUGAUUCUAUGACCUGGGCUGGUCACCAAAAAUCUAAAUGUCAAGUUUGAGGGCCAUGGGUGCAGGCAUUGACAAGUUAUCACACAGACAAACCUUUUUCGUUCAAUGUCACUAUAACCUUGACUUUUGACGCGAUGACCCCUAGAAUCAAAAGGGGUCACCUACAGGUCAGACACAACUCCAAGUCAAGUUUGAGGGCAAUGGGUGCAGGCAUUGUCGAAUUAUCACUUCAAACAUUUUCGCAUUCAAGGUCACUGUGAACUUGACCUUUGACCCAAUGACUCCUAAACCAAAUAAGGGUCAUCUCCUGGUCAGGCCCAUCUUCCAUGUCAAGUUUGAUGAUCAUAGAUUCAGGCAUUGUUGAGAUAUCACUGGGAGAAGAUUUCUUAUUUUUUGCGUUAAAGGUUACUGUGACCUUGACCUUGGCCAAAUGACCCCAAAGUCAAGAGGGGCCAUCUACUGGUCAGGCCCAACCAUCAUGUUAAGUUUGAUGACCAUAGGUCCAGGAAUUGUGGAGUUUUCUUUCAAGGUCACUGUGACCUUGACCUUUGAGCCCUAAAAUCAAUAGGGGUCAUCUACUUGUCAGGCCCAAUCUCCAAGUCAAGUUUGAGGGCCAUGGGUACAGGCGUGAUUGAGUUAUCACUCGGACAACCUUUUAUCGUUCAAAAUCACUGUAACCUUGACCUUUGGCCCAAUGACCCCUAAAAUAAAUAGGGGCCAUCUACUGGUCAGGCUUAAACUCCAAGUUUGAUGGCCAUGGGUGCAGGCAUUGUCGCAUUGUGGCAUCACUAGGACAACUUUUAUCAUCAUUGACCUUUGGCCCGAUGACCCCCAAAAACAAUAGGGGUCAUCUACUGGUCAGGCCCAACCUCCAAGUCAAAAUUGAGGGCCAUAGGUGCAGGUAUUGUCGAGUUAUCACACGGACAACCUCUUACCAUUCAAGGUCACUUUGACCUUGACCUUUGACCCAAUGACCCUUAAAAUCAAUAGGGGUCAUCUACUGGUCACGCCCAAUCUCCAAGUCAAGCUUGAGGGCCAUGUGUGCAGGCAUUGUCGAGUUAUCACAUGGACAACCUUUUAACACUCAACGUAACUGUGACCUUGACCUUUGGCCCGAUGACCCCAAACAAUAAUAGGGGUCAUCUACUGGUCAGGCCCAACCUCCAAGUCAGUUAUGAGGGCCAUUGGUCCAUAUCAAGUUUCAUGACCAUAGGUCUAGGCAUUGUUGAGUUAUCACUCGGACAAGCUUUGAAAUUAUUUUACCAUUAAAGGUCAUUGUGACCUUGACCUUAAAGCCGAUGAGCCCUUAAAUCAAAAGUGGUCAUCUACUGGUCAGGCCCAACCUUCAUGUCAAGUUUGAUGACCAUACGUCCAAGAAUUGUUGAGUCAAUCGGACAAGCUUUGGUCUACCGACCGACCGACCGACCGACAUGUGCAAAGUAAUAUACCCCUCUUCUUCGAAGUAUGUUAAAGAAGUUUAAACUUAUCAAGGUGUAAUUACAAACAAGUGACUUCUAACCAUCAAAUAAUAUUUUAACCCGCAGGUGAUCUAAAAGGAAAUAAUAAAUUGCAAUUACAAUCAACAUUCAACCGAGCUGAAAAUAUGUUCUAAAUUUAGCGCGUAUAAAGUAUAUACAAAAAAGUAAUCAAGUCAGUGAUUUUGUUGGAAUACACCCAAAUAAGAACCCAGUGAAUAACUACCAGCGGAGCUUACUAAGCACUACUUCAUAUAUAUCUGUUGAGUGUACCAGCAAAUAGAGCAAGCCCAAAUUUCCAUUUCCAAAGCCAAUUAUAUAUAUAUGAAAACAAUUGAAACAAUUAAAAUGAUUAUAUUAUAUUUUUUAUACAGAAUACCUUCAUGAGGCUAUUAAAUUAUUCACAUAUGCUAUUAUGCACAAAUUAAGGCUACAGUUAUCUACUAUUAAUCUAUAUAGAAUUAUCGGAAAAAAUAAUUGCAAUAUGUACAGUGUCAAAUUAUGUUAAUAAAAGUCAGUGUUCUCAGAAGCACAAUCAAUGUUUUCUUUACUGACAACUGGAUCUUAAAUUUUUAACAUAUCAGUUCAACAACAUACAAAUAGUGAUUCAUUGACAGUCAAAACACCAUAACUACUAUAUACUGAACUGAUUGCUUCUUGAAAAAAAUCAUGCAAUAAACAAAAACCGAACAAAAAAGCAAAAACUGAAAUUAUCUGGUGUUAAAUGCUAAAUUUGGCACAAAAUUACUAGUAACUGAACAGAGUUUUGCAAUUGUCUAUAUGUUGCUCAAUUAUUACAUAUUUGCUUUAAAUGUCACAUUUUGUAUUAUUUACACACAAACAAGUAUGACAAGGGUGACUAACAUCUGCAUUCUGCAUCUGCAAAUAACAUAAAUGCAAUGUUUUAACAGAAUAAAAGAACUAACUACUACUGUGAAGGUAUGCCAGUUAAUACAAUUUGAGGAAUCACACAAUUCUAUAUGUAGUCAUAAAUUUGAUAUAGUCACAUAGUGUAAUUUCAUGGAUUCAAAGAUCAAGACAAAAUAGAUGAAAUAUAUUAUGUUUGAAUAUUUUGCAAUGAGUAUUUAACCCUCCAAGGUAAUUGACUACAAAGAAGCAUUUUGGAGGAGUCAGAAAUGCACUUGCUUAGAAUAUCUUCUUACUUGAAGACAUUUUCCAUUCUCUAAAGGCGGUACGGAAUUCCAGACAGAACUAUCUUGAACAGCAUUUUUUUGUCCAUAAAGGUCCUCUAGAGUUUCAGCAACCACGUGGCUAUAAAAAAGAAACAAUACAUUUGUGUUUUUACAGAAUUUUGAAAUGUAUUAAGAAGUAUUGAGGGAUAAGUCAAAAACCUUGAUGUAACUGAGACACUUUUGAUCCCAUUUACCUUGAAAUAUGUUUUGUUUAACUGCUUAUUAGUUUUUAAUGUAAUGCUCAAGUCAACACAUUUAUUCACUCAAAUCCAUGCACAACAUGAAAAAAUUGAGGUCAUUGAUAAAGACAAUACAUUUCAGAGGCUCAAAUUGAGGAUUCAAAGACAUAACAUACAUUCAAGUGAAUCAAUUAUUUAAAGACCAGAUAGUCCCGUUUAACAGGAUAAAUAUUUCACAUGGAUCGUUGGAUUCAAGCAGUAUUUACGAGUUACAAAAUGGAAUAAGUACAAUAGGAGAGUCAACUAAUAUAUGCAGAAAUGUCUAAGAUAAAUAAGAAUAGUAAUGUUUAACGAAAUUGUUUAAGAAUAACAUAUACCAUUUCACACAUGUUUAAUAAUUCCUUUUUAUUAGUUGUGUUUACCAACUGUUCAAGUUUAUAUAUGUUUGGAUGUCUGUUAAAAUAUGGUUUUAUAUACUUCUUACGCUCGUUAUCAAAAAUGUUACACUCGAAUAAAAAAUGGAAUUCAUCCCCUAGUUUGUUACAUGUGUGGCAUUUCCUUUCAUUAACUGUUGUUCUAUUCCAAUUGCCCAUUUCUAUUAGUAGUCUGUGGUUUCUUGUUCUAAACUUGAUAAGUGGAUAUAAUAAUGAUUUGGGUGUUGAAUGAAGAUACUUUUCAUAGCCAAAUGACGUUUUGAAAAUUUUAUAAAAUUGACUGUUGCUAGCAUUUUCAAUAAGGGAGUACCACGAUGUUAAAGCGACAGUCCGCAAAUCGGGCAAAUUAGCCAUGAAAAAAAAAAAUUCAUCUAUGUGUUGAUAAGCAUUCCUGACUGACGAAUCCAAAAAAAAUUUGGUUCAAAUCGACCUAGAAAUGAGUUUUUCGUGCCAUUUUCAAUAUCUCUUCUUAACUAUCGGCCCCCGAGAGUUAACGGUUAUAUAAAUAGAAAAAACAGUGGGAUUCCAAAGUUCUUGCGCAUGCGCAGGGCGAUACUAUUUCCCGGUCUCUCCUCGUAAAAUCCGGUCUCAUAAUUCCCGGUUCAUAACUUAUGGCCCCAGGCAACGGAUUGUGUUGCUGAUGUUUAUAACACGAUUUUGACAAUCUUAUUUGUUUUUAUAUGUAACAAAAUGGUAUAAAAUAUAUAAACAUUAUGUCUUAAUUUAUGCAAUUUGUUAUAGGUAUACACUAUUUAUGCAAUUCGUGUUAAAGGUGUAGAGAAAGAUGCGAUGCAGUACUGAGAUAACUUACAAAUUUGAUUUACAUGUAGUCAAGCAUUGUUAUUUUUUGUAUUACUAUUAUCAAUAGUAUACAAAUAGCAGAAUUUAAUAUGAAAAAAACACACACUCAAUGUGUUUGUUAUUCAUGACAUUAAUUUCAGUACAUGUGCAUAUUUCAUGUUUUUAUCUUUGCCUAAAUUUAUUUUAUGUUUUAUUGAUAUAAAAUUUGAAAUAAAUAGUGACAUAAUUAUCAUCAAAUAUCUAAUGUUUUAAUCAACUGUAAUCUUUUGUAAUCCUAUUACCCCCCGCGGUCAUUAACACCUUUUUGAUCACCGGGACCGGGAAAUAGUAUCGCCCCCAAGAGUAGUCGGAAAAACCGUAGACCUACUUUCUCUUUUGCCGUCUAAAAAUAGCAACUUUCGGCAAUUUUCAAUUUGUUAAAUCUAAGUUAUUAAAGCGAUUUUUUAAAAAAUAAUUGCGGUUCAGUCGGUCUGAAACAAUGUGGAACUUAUUAAAAACUUUUGAAAUACGGUUACUUUUGCGGACUGUCGCUUUAAGAAUAGAUAUUUCAGCUUGCGCUUAGCCGCAAGUUUAAGCCAUUUAGGACUUACAUCUUGUUGAUAUUCCAAAGUUCCUAUAAAUCCACACUUUGUUAGUAUUGACUUUAUAUUGAAGAAUCAUUGAUAUCGUGUUCUUAUUAUGUCUGGUAAAGUCUGAAUUGUUUUGUAUAUGCAUUUAUAUAUCAUCGAUGAUAAUUUACUACUACUACUACUACUACUACUUCUUCUACUACUACUGCUACUGCUACUGCUACUGCUGCUGCUGCUGCUGCUCCUGCUGCUGCUGCUGCUGCUGCUGCUGCUGCUACUACUACUACUACUACUACUACUACUACUACUACUACUACUACUACUACUACUACUACUACUACUACUACUACUACUACUACUACUACUAUUAUUAUUAUUAAUACACAAACGUACCCAGUAUGACAUCAUUUUCUUAUCUAUAUCUAACGCUACUGGUGUUAUUCCAGUUUCGCCAUAAACCAUAUAAUAAUGAGUUGAACUUUUUAAUUUGAAACUAUGCUUUAAAAAUUUCAGAUGAACUCUUUCUAUAAUAUCAAGAUUCCUGUAACCCCAGAUUUCUGCGCCGUAAAGUAAAAUUGGUUUAACUGUUUUAUUGAAUAAGUCUAUUUGAAAAUCGAUCGGUAGAUUGAGUCUAUUAGAGUUUCUGAGGAGACUAUAAGUUGCUCUAGUUGCUUGCGAUGCAACAUGUAUUUUGUUUUUAUAGAAAGAACCUGUUCUACUAAACAACACACCUAGGUAUUUAUAUUCCUUCACUUUAUCAAGCGGCGGUAUAUUUAAUCCGUCUUGUGCGUUUAUAAAAUGGCAACAGCGAUUAUCAGUUCGUCAGAAACAACAAGAGAAGAGGAAGAUAAUUAUACGAAAAUGCAAAUAAUCAUGCAAAAGGCUUGUUACAAGGUUUUAAGAGUAUUCUUACUAAAGAAGAUUGGUGCCAUUUCCAUUGACCAGUUUCUUGCCAACAACAGACCAUAUUUGUGCCAAGGUCGGGAAGGCAGACAAUAUAGUAAACGUUACUUUCCUGUCAAUUGCACGAACCAACCUGCCAACACUAACCUUGAUGAAUGGGACAUCCACAUGCUCUGCUUUGUUUUGACAAAUUUGUGUAAUUUAUCAAGUGCUGAAAUCAGAGAUAUCGAUUUUAUCAGGAAAACGAGAAAUGAUUUGUGUCACCUGGGUGUACCGAGGGUAUCCAAAGUUGCGCUUUCAUCAUUUCGUGCAAAGGUUGAGACUAUUUUCCAGUGGAUGUUUACAUGCAUCAGCAACAAAGAUUUAGAGGAUGAAAUAAGAGCUGAAUUUAACGCAAUUGAUUUCCCGAUUGCAGAGCAGGUUCAGUUUGCAUAAAAGGUUGUUCACAAGAGUGAUUUAGCAAAAGAAACAUUGGAAACGAUUCUAGAGGGUAACCAUACGAUUCUAGAGGGGGUGGAAGAUAACAGGGAGCUUUUAUUACACAUUGUUGAACAAGUUGAUGGCAUGCGGGCUGACCAACAGAAGGCCUUUAACACUACUUUGGCAGGCCCAGAAAACGCUUGUGCAAAACUUAACGUCCAAAACUGCCGAAACGAAGCUGAAGAGGAAGCAGUUACUGAAACAGUUAUACAAAAUGCUUCUAAGAAAGGUGUAUUCAGAACAAUUCAAAGUAUUAUGCAAAAAUGCAUGGAUCGACUUACCAAAUUUGGUACCGUUAUUUCGGCUAAAAAGGGAUGUUUUGAAUUUUCAAUGAAGUUCAACACAUUUGAAAGUUGUUUGAAAUUCAUUGAAGAUGUUAUAAGUGGAAAACUUGAAAAGCUGUUCGAACCACUAGAAGAUAUUUUUCGGAAGAAAUUUGGAAAUGACCGUCUUCAACUACAGUUCAUCAUGACUGAUGAUCAGUUCUAUGACUUACUAUCAGGACUGCUUCUUAUGCUACAAAUGGCAUGGGUUUACUUCACUACCAAUCAACAACAUGUACGUUCCGAGACACCACACUCAAACAAACAACAGAAGCCGACAGUUCACAUGCUUUCUUCUUCCAAUGUACAAAGCCGAGCAAAAGGAUUGUCUUCAGUUGGAAGUAAUUCUAAGAAGCUGAUAGUUGCUGCUAUCGACAUUGGAACCUCUUAUUCGGGAUAUGCGUAUUCCUCUAUUGAUGACUUUACGUUUAACCCUUUGAAGAUCACCACUUCAACGGGUCAAUUUAUGUACAAGGCGCCAACAAAAAUAUUGUUAACACCGGACCAGGCGUUUUACGCGUUUGGAUUUGAAGCAGAAAAUAAAUAUGUCUCACUAGCGGAAGAAGAACAACACAAAGACUGGUUUUACUUUGAGGACAUUAAGAUGCAGUUGAACGAGAAACUUCCGGCUGGCAUAAGGGCGAGCGAUCUGAAAUUAGGAAUUGAAGCUGAGGCUGGAAGUAUUUAUUGCAAAACACUCGCAGUGCAAGGGACGGAUAAAAAAGCAAUAGACUUAUGUAAAUCAGGGUGUCGAUUUGUUGUUCUAGACAUCGGAGGUGGUACCGUGGAUGUUACAGCCUACGAAGUAAAUACUAACGGAACACUUGGUGAAAUUCACAGUGCUGGCGGUGGAGGUUGGGGAGGAAAUAUGGUCAAUGAGGGAUAUAUUGAAAUGCUGUAUCGUAUUUUCGGAAAAGAAAUUGUCGAAAGUUAUCAAAAUGACAACAAGGGAGACUUUCUUGAAAUGCAAGCCGAUUUUGAAAAAAAGAAGCGAGCCCUGAACGAAACAUGUACAAGGGUGUAUCUCAGGCUUCCCUUUUCGUUUAUAAAUGUUGUGGAAGAACACACAAGCAGCACUGUGUCUUUGUUGAUAGUUAAGGCAGGAUUUGCAGAUGACAUAGGCUUUAAACGUGAAAAGCUUUCAAUAAGUGGAAUGAUGUUUUUAGAUUUUUUCAAACCAUCAACGGAAAAGAUUACCAGUUACCUACAGAACCUUCUGGACAGCGCAGAUGUUCAUAAUUCGGUUGACAAGCUUAUUCUAGUUGGAGGGUUCUCACAAUCACCAGUGGUACGCAAUGCUAUUCAGGAAGCGUUCCCACAUAUUCCAAUGUAUUGCCCUGAAGACGCCGAACUUGCUGUUCUGAAAGGAGCUGUCAUAUUUGGACAUACACCAAGAGUAAUCACAGAAAGGAUAUCGAAACUUAGUUACGGUAUUGCUGUCAUGCAAGAUGCCGUGGUCGGUUGCCCGGAAGAGUUCUUAUACAUUGCUUCCAAUGGAAAGUUUCUCAUGAAAGAUGUAUUUGCUCGAUUUGUUGAAAAGGGUGAACGAGUAAACAUUAAUCAGUGGAUGGUUAAAGAAUUCCAAAUAGUAGAUGACAAGUACCCUCUAACUGUAGUAAUAUAUGCGUCAUCAAAAAAAGAAGUCACAUUUGUACAUGAAGAAAGUUGUCAGUUAUUAGGCACGUUAUCUGUUGGGCGUGAACAGGGCUGGAAAGAGUAUGACGAUAUUGGAAUAUGGUUUAGUUUUGGAUAUGAAUCUAUUCAAAUCGAAAGCCAUCAUAAAAGAACUGGAAAAAUAACCAGACUAUCUCUUGAUGUUCAAUUUUGAACGUGAUGUUCAAGUAUGUAAUAAACAUACAGCUUCAAACAAUGGAUAUGUGCUGUUCAAAUUAAUUCAAGUUUAAAGCAAGUAUAUUGGGAUGUGGUGUCAAUACAGUUGUAAUCAAAUUGGAGUCAUUUAUAAAAAAGUUACUAGUUCUAUACAGAACCGAAGUGUCAGAUUAAAACUGUUUUGACUAAACACUAUAAUGAGUGUUCAAACACCAUAUGUCGUAAUAUUAAAAUCGUGUUAAUAAAAUAAAUUCAUCCUUAUAGAGUGAAGGAAAUCGAAUUAUAAACCAGAAGAUUGCUUAAAUUUAUUAUAGCGUGUUCCAUGAGUACAUGUAUGUUAUAUAUUAUGUCGGUAUGUUAUACAAAACAUGACGCCAAAACGACCUUACAAGAACACUGCACUACAUAUAAAAAGACAGUUCCCAAAUUUAUUAGAUCGUUAUAGAUAGAUAGAUUUAUUCGUGCAUAUAUAUGUCAUAGUAACAAACCAAAUAUCUCAUAAAGUUAUAACACAGACUGAUUAACAAAGUAUUAGUGAUGAUAUCUAUACUAAAGCACAACAUCAUUAGAAUGCUUUGGAUAUAUAUGGCGUUAAUAAAGAUUUAAUUCAAUGUGACAAAUAUAUAACACAGGAUAACCCAUUAAAGUUAUUCAACUUAUUUCCAAUGGGGUCCUUAUGACAAAUAUAAUUAUUUGCCAAGAUAUCAGUUGUAAGCUGUUUAAAUUAGGUUUUCUUAUACAAAAAUAGCAUAAAUGUACUCUUGACCAGUUAAAGAAUGAUUAAGUUGAAAACUAAAAGGAUACCGGUUUUAUGGAAGAAUGACGCUGAAUGUUAAUGCUUUUACUUAUUCACAUUUUGUUGAUAUCGAUAGUAGAUAAUGUACUCUUUCGUGUGUUUUGUUUGUCAUUUAGCAAUUUAUAUGUAUUGAUAUAAAACAUAGAGGUUUCGGUUUUUUUGAACAUGAAAUUGUCGACUGUGUGAAAAGUGACUUAAUAUCGAUACCGUUUGUCAUUCGAGAGUAAAUGAAAACGAUAAUCCUUUGCCAUCCUAUCUAAAUCCUUGCAUAACUUAUGAAUUAAAAACCGUAUCAAAUGUAUUUAUGUCGUUCUUAUGCAAGCGAGUACAUGUCAACUACGAUAGACGCGAUGUUAGUAAUUAAAGGAAGCCUUACUAAACUAAUAAACUAGUUUUAAAAAAUGUAUCAACCCUGUAUGAAUAUGAAUGUUUGAGGUUUUCUGUUUGUAAGAAUGUUUGUUUGGAAAAAAAU